AUGAAAAGGGACAUCCUGGAGACCACGGUGAGUGGGGCGAAAAGACUUUGAGGUGAUUAAUUAAGGGUGAAGGAGAUGGACAAAAUCGUCCAGAAUUCGAUCGUUAAAUCGUUUGACCGUUGUAAAGUGUCGUUAUACUAUGAUAUCGACUAAACAGAACAUAAUACCGGCAGAAGUAAACCUUUAGGGAACGGCCCUUACAAUGGGCAUAUAUUUUUAAAAAAUGAAAGAAAAAUAAUGAGAAUGAUAAGGAAUAAGAGAAAGAAUGCAAGCAUCUAUAAAUCGCCAGUCUAAGGGAUGGGAGGUGUGGUAGGAACGUAAGGAUCGAAUGCCUUAAACAAGUUUACGAACUUCGUUAAAAAGGAUUUCACCUGAAGGGAGAAUUGAAGAUCUGGAGACGAAGUAGCACUCGGAUGCCAGGGAGAGGACAUUUUGUUGGAAAGAAUAUAAAAGGAUUUGGCGAUGGGAGACAGCCGAAGUCGAAACAAGCAAUGAACUCAUUUUUGAUUCCCUAGUAGAAGAUAACCUUCUAACGACCAUACAGAGGAAUAAUUCAAAACCAUAUUUCAGAACCUGGGGAUUAGUCUAAUUUUCAAUAGAUUAACCAACAAACAUAUCUUCGGCUCAGUUAACAUAUAGGCAGUCACCGGGAGAUCCUAGAUCAUCAAUACGCAGAGGAAAGAAGUGAGGAAAUAAAAUGGAAUCUUGGAGCCCUCCAGCAUUAUCAGAAAAAAGAGUAAAUUCCCGCUUGUUUGACUGGGAAAACUGAGUGCAGAUUGCAAUGUUAUCUGCAAGCCAGACGGGAAAACCGCAAUCAGGCGUUUUCUUAAGCAGGAGGAAAAAGAAGAAGAAGAAGAAGAAGAGGAGGAGGAGGAGGAGGGGGGAGGGGAAGGAGAAGAUUCUGUCUAUGUUUUCUAAUUUUCAUUAAUUUUACCUAAUUGCAGCUCAAAGAAUAUAAAGCGUCAGGUCGAGAAAAGCAGACAUUUCCGACAUUUUCCAUUAUUCGAAUUUAAUAGAUGGGUGAAAUCAAUGAAGACUGUCAGAAAAACUCGUGUUGUUUACGGAAAACGUUCUUUUACUAAAAAAAACACCUCAGGAUUGGUUUGACUGUUUCAAAGAUGGUGAUUGCAGGGCGACGUGCACUCUGCACUCUGAACGGAAGUUGGUCCUUCAUGAGGAUCGUCUCAAUGCUUUAAUUCAUGCAGCUACCCGUCAUACAGUCCAAGCAUUCGCCGGCGGGUUGCGAUGCGGGAAGUCAACAAUAGCUCGGCAUCGGUAAUUUAAUAAUCAGUAUUCAAUAAAAAUGAUCCAAAAGCCUUCAUGGGCUCCGUGAGCUUUCAGUGAGGACAACAAGGUUCAGCAUGAAAAUUUUAUGCCUUAUUAUUGGCCCGACGUUACCUCGAUCGUCGUCAGCGCUAAGCAUUUUAGAGAUUAUUAUUACUGACGAUGAGAAGUGGUGCUUAUUUGUGAAAAAUAAACAAUUAAAAGCAUGGCUUAGCCUCGACAAGCAUGCAAGACUUCGAACCAAACCUGAUCUGACUUAUAUGUUACGAAUUUCUUGGAAGGAACCCGAUCAUUAAUGCGGAGUUGCACAGUCAACGGGUUCGUCGUCAAGAUAGAGCAAUUCGACCAAACGCCCAAUCCGUCCAAAUAGCGUCAUUUUACGGCAAGGCAGCGGAAGGCCCUACGUCCCAAAAUCCGUCAAAAGUGUCUUUGAAGGGUUUGGCUGGCAGGCUUUUUCGUAUAUCCCUUUCUUUUUUCGUUCACGCGAAAACAAUUCGACCGAAGUAUCCUUCGAAAACAACGCGGAUUUUAAAAUUUGGACCGAUGAUCUCCUGACGUCAAAUAUCACGUAUUCAUUAAAAACAUUGGACUAAAAUACUGGCUGAUGUUGUGAUGAACGCCAAAGAGGAAUGCAUAGUUGGCUAAUUCUGUGAACAAUACAUAGUAAUCGGAUGACAUUUGUAUUAUUAAAAGGUGCGUGAGGUUAAAAGCCUACGUAAUGUAUUCGCAAAAUACCGAACGUCAGAAACAUGAAUACAAAGGCAUCUGAGAUAUGUAGUAAUAACCGUUGUUUUAAUGAACGCCUCGUUGUUGAACAGUAAGUUAGAAACGCAGCAGAACAGUGAGAAAAUAUUCCUUGUGCAAGAGUGAAGACGCCUUUUUGAAGACCCUACAGGUAAGAAUGAGGAUGGGUGGCACUACACCAUCCCGUUGUUGAAAUUUCUGGAGUAUUUGAAGUGUUCCUCAACAAGCACGGGGGUGGCAGGCUGAAAAGAAGGUGAAUAGCACCUGGAAGGCAUGACUGACGUGUUCAUAAUAUUCUCUUUCUGUAGGAGAGCGGACGAGCAACUAGGAGGGACACGUUAGCCCGUAGAAAACCCCAUCCAUUCGCAUAAUGCCGAACUGAGAAGGAGGAUGAGGAUGAGGAGGAGGAGGAGGAGGAGGAGGAGGGGAAGGAGGAGGAGGAGGAGGGGAAGGAGAAGGAGAAGAAGAAUAAGAACCAGAACAAGAAGAAGAAGAAGAAGAAGAAGAAGAAGAAGAAGACGAAGAAGAAGAAGAAGAAGUCAAAAAACUGUAAAAGGCUUUGGAGCUGA